AUCGAUCUCGCUUGCCGACGUCGAUCGAACGGCCGGCCGGCUUGGAUUGGCCGUGACUGGAGGCGUAUGGUAUGGUAUCGGACCUUACAGCGCGCCGGUCCAUCCGGGCUGCAGCCAGGCUUAACUCAACAGAGUCACUGUAGGGGAAGGCCUGAUUGCUUGCAUGGCAGGGGCCAGCUUGGCACUUGCUGGGGUCAAUGCUUCCCUCUCUGGCUCCAUGGCAGCCCACACUAGUAUGUAUUCUGGCUGUAAACCAAAAAAGGCCCUUGGGGGAAUGGGAAAGUUAUCGACGCG